AAUCUCUAAAGCAGGACUACGUCCGUCCAGGCUGCUGCCACGUCAAUGGUUUCGUCAUCAUUAUCAACAUAAAACAUGGCGACAUCUGUCCGAGAAAAGCAAACAGUCGCCUUAAAGCGAAUGUUGAACUUCAACACUCCUCCUCUGAAGAACGCAGCAGCUGAGCCAGUAUGGAAGGUGUUAAUAUACGACAGAUUUGGUCAAGAUAUCAUCUCUCCACUGCUGUCCGUCAAAGAACUGCGAGACAUGGGCAUCACUCUUCAUCUUCUUCUUCACUCAGACAGAGAUCCUAUUCCCGACGUUCCUGCCAUCUACUUCCUAAUGCCCACAGAGGAGAACAUCGACAGGAUCUGUCAGGAUCUGAGGAGCCAGCUGUAUGAGUCGUACUUCCUGAACUUCAUCUCUGCCAUCAGUCGGAGUAAACUGGAGGACAUUGCCAGUGCUGCUCUGGCUGCUAAUGCAGUCAGCCAAGUCACCAAGGUGUUUGAUCAGUACCUGAACUUCAUCACCCUAGAAGAUGACAUGUUCAUCCUCUGCCACCAAAACAAAGAGCUCAUCUCUUACCAUGCCAUCAACAGAGCAGACAUCCAAGACACAGACAUGGAGGCCAUAAUGGACACCAUCGUAGACAGCCUCUUCUGUUUCUUUGUUACUCUGGGUGCAGUGCCAAUCAUCCGAUGCCCCAGGGGAAACGCUGCAGAGAUGGUGGCUGUGAAGCUGGAUAAAAAGCUCCGUGAGAACCUGCGGGACGCCAGAAAUAGUCUGUUUACCGGAGACAGUAUGACUGCCGGACAGUUCAGUUUCCAGAGGCCCCUUCUGGUUCUAGCAGACCGCAACAUGGACAUGGCCACGCCCCUUCACCACACCUGGACCUAUCAGGCCCUGAUCCAUGAUGUCCUGGACUUCCAUCUGAAUAGGGUGAUGAUGGAGGAGGGAGGGGGGACCGAUCCAUCACACGCUGGCGCCAGACCAAAGAAAAAGACCAAGAAGACGUAUGACCUCACUGCUGCUGAUAAGUUCUGGCAGAAGCACAAGGGCAGUCCAUUCCCAGAGGUGGCAGAGUCGGUCCAGGAAGAGCUUGAUGCAUACAGAGCCCAGGAAGACGAGGUCAAACGGCUGAAAAGCAUUAUGGGUUUGGAUGGCGAGGAUGAAGGAGCCAUCAGCAUGCUGUCAGACAACACAGCCAAGCUCACCUCAGCCGUCAGCUCUCUGCCUGAGCUCCUGGAGAAGAAAAGACUGAUUGAUCUUCACACAAACGUUGCCACUGCCGUGCUUGACCACAUUAAGAGUCGUAAAUUGGAUGUUUACUUUGAGUAUGAAGAGAAGCUGAUGAGCAAAUCAACCAUAGACAAGUCACUGCUGGACGUCAUCGGUGACCCAGACGCGGGGACUCCAGAGGAUAAAAUGAGACUCUUCCUCAUCUACUACAUCACAGCUCAGCAGGUUCCUUCAGAGUCUGAUUUGGAGCAGUACAGGAAGGCUUUGUUGGACGCAGACUGUGACCUUUCACCUCUAAACUACAUUAAACAGUGGAAGGCGUUUACCAAAAUGGCUUCCGGCCCAGCUAACUAUGGCAACAGUGGAGUCAAACCGAUGGGGCUGUUCUCCAGAGUCAUGAACACUGGCUCUCAGUUUGUCAUGGAGGGAGUGAAGAACCUGGGGCUCAAACAGCAUAACCUUCCAGUCACUCGGAUUGUGGACAACCUGAUGGAAAUGAAAUCUCAACCUGAAACUGAUGAUUAUCGCUACUUUGACCCAAAGAUGCUGCGGGGCAGCGAGAGCUCCAUUCCCAGGAACAAAAAUCCAUUUCAGGAGGCCAUCGUGUUUGUGGUUGGAGGAGGAAACUACAUCGAGUACCAGAACCUGGUGGACUACGCUAAGUCAAAACCUGGGAGGAAGGUGGUUUACGGCUGCAGUGAGCUCUUCAACGCAGCUCAGUUCAUGAAGCAGCUCUCUCAACUUGGACAGAAGUGACCUGUGCACCAAUAAAACCGAUCCUCCUGUUUCCUAGCUAACCUCUGUUUUAUAUCGGCUCUCUUCUGUAAAUGUACUAAAUAUUUCUUUGUAAAUCUGCUCCAUCCACUCAUGUCUAAUAAACCUGAACAGUCUGAAGUCGCUGCUGCUUCCGAGUCAUUAGAGUAAACCAGAGAAAACCAGCAGUUUUUCUCUGAGUAGCAGCAAACCAGACGCCAACUUUCAGUGUGAAAAAGGUAAAAACCAAAAAUGUAUUUAGUCAUUACAAAGAAACCAGGACAGAAAAACGGAAACUUCUAGAACUUUUCUUGGCGUUCUGCUGGAGAACAGUAAUAGACUCCACACAAGAAGUGAAGCAGCAAACUGUACAGGUACAACAUUUAUUACUCAUAAUAGACAUUUUAUAUACAUUAACUGCUGUAUUCUGCUCUGUGGUACAGUUCUGAAAAACGGUUGUUCAGUUUAUAAAAAAAAAAAUAAUCUAAACUGCAUUUUUCUUGUUUUCAUGGGAAGACUACAAAAAAUAUUUUAUUGGAUUAACCAUGCUUCAGACACACAGAGUUAAAAAGUUGAUCUUAGUCUUAUUUAAAACAAAAGCAUUUAUUUGGACUUGUGAUCAACCAGAAGCCACUCAGGUUAGGAACUCUUCAAACAAACAAAAAGUCAAACUAAAACUGUGCAUCAGAACAAAGCACAACAAUGAAGUAAGUCACAUCCUAAAAGAUGGCUACUCAAAGACCACUUUUUCUAGGAGCUCCAAUGGACUGCUUUCUGCUAAAAACACACUCCAGAUGUGUGUGUCUGUGUGUGUGUGAGGUCAGUAACAUCUGCAGAAACACACAGGAGCCAAACACUGACAGAGGUGAUGUGAGGAAGAGGAGUCGGUCGGCCCUGAAGAACCACAGCUGGGUUCAGGCUGAGCGGGUCACUAAACGUUUCGUCACUGGAAAACGACUUCAGUCGGAUCAGCAACACCGGAAAUAAAGACUCAGUGGUUCAGACCAGGGGCGUCCAAACCUUCUCUCAAAAGUAAUCACAGGCCAAGAAAUAAAAAAAGAAAUACUAAAGUCCAACAAAUAAAGUGGUCAGAUUUUUUUUUCUUUCAGGAAAAAGAUGUUAUUCACCGUAGAUCCAAAACUUAAAGGAUUUUACACGUUUGCUAUAUUAAGACAUCAGCUUCCCAAUUCUUUGGGCUUUGGACAGAUUUAUUGAACAAUUUAUUGUUUGUAAUCAGAACAGGAUUUGUGUCUCAAAAUGCUUGUCAAUAGUUUCAAAAAUAUGAUUUGGGUUCAGCAGGAAGUAAAAGUCUCUGGAUAGACGAGGUUCUGCUUAUUAUACUGGCCUGGUUGUAAAAAUGAAUGUUGCACUUUACAUUUUCCAUUAUAGGAAAAUUAUGUUGGUAAUAAUUUUACCCUGAUUAAAAAUAAAAAUUCUCAAUCCACACAAAAAUCUUUGGACACCCCUGCUUUAGACAUUGAGCUUACAGUUUGGAUCCAUAUCUCAGAUAUUUUUGAUGUAAAAAGUCAGAAGAAACGUCAUUCUACCAUUUAUAUAAUCAGAUCAGGUAUUUUAGGUCAGACUGAUAUUUUUCCAGCUCCAGAGGGAGAAUCUGGAUUUGGUGGCCAGUUUCUAAAGCUUUGACUCGACACUCAUUUUAUCUGAUUUCUCUUUCUGAACUAUGAGAACAGCAGAUUAUUUCUGGCUCUGCUGCUGUAAUCGGACGUUAAUUCUUCCCAGCAGGACCAGAGGUGUCAUAACACCGGUGUGAGAGCAGCUGCUGUCUAACAGCAUGACAUGGUGCUGACCUGUGUCUGUUCCUUACAUACCUGAUUUCAAUAACGUUUAGGUUCUUAUUAAACCAUCCAUCCAGUGUGUUUCAUCUGAACCGUUCUCCUUUCCUCCGUGUGACUUCAGCUCUUUAAUCUGUGGCAGUGAAGUUAGAGUCACCGAGCGACAGUUAAUCUGUGAGCGCUGGGACGGCCGAUAGGACAGCUCCUCCGCUCCAGUAACAAUAUUUCUAUAAAAAGGAUUAUAAAAACUAGACCUUUUUUUUUUCUUUCACACAAACAAAAAUACUCAGCUUUAGACGCAGGGCUGCGCUCGGCGGUCCAAGCAGCUCCACCCUCGUCAGAUUUACACACCAUCAGACAUUUCACCAACCGUGAUCGUUCGGCAGGUUUUCCAACACAUAAACUCACUCAUGUUGUUUUGUUUUUUUUUUCAUUUCUUAAUUUAAAUUUCUUCAAAACUGUACAGCUGCUAAAACAUUUUCCUGGCAACAUCAGCACAUUUAAAUAUUUUUCUUUUUUUAAAAAAAAGGAGAGAAACCAUGAGAUCAAACAUCAGAUGUUCACUUCAGUCCAGACUUUGUCUCUGUAGGUUUAAAGGAAAAAUCCCCCGUUUGUCUGUCAGGUUCAGUGAUUCUCAGGCUGAGCUUCAGAAAGUUACAUGAAAAAUAAUUACCCAAACUUUUAGAUAUGAACAUUAAACAAACUGGCUUUAUUUGUCGUGAUUAGUUCAGAUCAUGUAGCGCUUCUGCUUCUUUAGUGUCCUGAUAGAUAACAGCACCCCCUGCUGGUUCCUCUACACACUACUGAUGCACUUUAAUGCUUACCACUGUGAAGGCAAGUGUUCAGUCACAGAUUGCUGACAAAAGAC